AUGGGACCUAAGCUUGGCGAGGAUUCAAAGGAUGCUGAUCACUUAGAUGCCUUGCGUCAGAAAGGACUCUUCCCUUUCAAGGUGGUAUCAGAGUGGACGCAUAGUUCUAGGCCUGAUAUAUUUCAAGAUGAGACUGGAUGGUCACAGUCUCUCUCUGCGCAUUCCCUUUAUCUUGAUGACGAACAGGCACUUGUGGUCCCCGACGUGAACAAGGACUGGCGUUUUGCCAAGAGUCCAUUCCGGCAAAGCUUUCAAUUCUUUGUCAGUGUGCCCCUAAAAGGAUUUAAUGGUGAGCUUAUCGGCGCAUUUUCUUUGGCAGAUAUUGAGAAGCGAGGGCCUGUGACAGCAACAGAUAUGAAAAAGAUCCUUGACCUCUCUGGUAUGGUCUCUGACGUUAUUCAGCUCUCGUUAAAUUCAGCGGAGCUUUCUCGUCGUGACCAAUUGAAGCGAAGCACCGAGUAUUUUCUCCAGCAUUUUCUGAAUGAUCGCGAGCGCGAUAACGACGAUGGCGCAGACACGCUACAGGCUAGUGAGGGCACACAGUCGAAUGAUGGAAGUCAAAUCAGUCAUGCCAGUGAAGAUUAUUUGCGGAUUUAUAACUUUGCUGCUCAAACUCUCCAAGUAUCAAUGGACGUGUCUGGUGUUGUCAUUUUCGAUCUGUCCAGCUUUGUCCUUGUCUCCAAAUUGUCUCAUACGAUGGGAAAGUCUGUGGAAGAAGUUCAUCAUGCACGUCUCAUCAAGCAUCAGUCUCAUGGAGACCGUGACGAAGACGAUUCAGCCGGUGACACAACUGCUUUGCUUCCGCCGCUUCCUGUGCUCGGCUCUAGUGAAUUCCUUUCUCCUACUGAAUUGCGUCACCAACCUAUGGAUACCGAAACCGUUUCUACCAUUUGUAAAUUUCUAACUCAUACGCAACUGGGCAGGCAGUUCCGGCAUUCGAUCCCGUCUGUUUUUGCCAAACUACUUCCCGUCGAAGCAAAAGAUCCACUUUUUGUGCCUAUCAUGGGCGUUGAAAGACAGCCAUUUGCUCUCAUAUGCUGUUAUGGACGACCGGGUGAAUAUGCAUUCGUUCUUGACCAAAUGAUUCACACUGCUACACAACAUAUCCGCGCUAUCGGCUAUAUGAUGAUGGACGUCAUCAUGAAACACAAUGUGGUCCUGGCUGACCGUGCAAAAUCUUCUUUUAUCUCUAGCAUGUCACAUGAACUUCGCACGCCCCUCCAUGGUAUCCUAGCUUCUGCUGAGCUAUUACUGGAUACAAACCUCGAUAAACUCCAGCAAUCAUACGCUCAAACCAUUGCAUCCUGUGGUCACGGUCUCCUAGAUCUAGUCAACCAUGUCCUUGACUAUACCAAGCUCUCUAGCAACUCAACCAAUGUGAAGAAAAAGAAACAUGUCCAGUUGGCGGAGUGUGAUCUUACUACACUAAUUCAAGAAGUAUGCGAUAGCAGUUUUGUUGGUCAACUGAGUCCCUCGCGCCUUCCAGAUGGCGCUAAUGGUGGCUUAGGUUCUGUCUAUGAUCCACAAAAUGCCUCCACUGGCCCGACAAAUGAUGCGGGCUCUAUUGAGUUGCUUAUCGAUAUCGAAAAGCGACAGCAAGGCUGGAAUGUGCUCUGCGAUACAGGGGGGUUGCGGCGUGUUCUCAUGAAUUUAAUCGGCAAUUCAUUAAAGUUUACUUCGGAUGGCUAUGUCAAAGUAUCUUUGCGAAAGCUCUACAAAUCCAACAAUCGUAUGCGUGUGAGUUUCCAUGUCCGAGAUACAGGCAUAGGUAUCUCACGAUCCUUUUUAGAUCAACACCUUUUCCAGCCUUUUUCUCAAGAAAAUCCAUUAGGAGGCGGCACUGGUUUGGGUUUGUCGAUUGUGUCUGAGAUUGUAAGCUCUUUUGAUGGCGGUACUGUCAAUGUGGAAAGCACGUCAGGGAAGGGAACCGACAUCGUAGUGUCUUGUGAAUUGGACGCACCGUCUCCCACUCCCACAACGUACCAACCGCAGUUGCAAGUAAACCAUGCUUAUGUGGUUCACCUUAUUGGCUUUACGUCGUCGCCAGCCCAUGAGGCUCUUCGUCAAGUGUUGUCUACGUAUGUGACGGUAUGGUGGGGUUUUGAUCUUUCUUCGAAGGAUGUAUCCGAAGAGGAGCUUUUGCAUACUAUGGCCUCCCGCUCCAAAGAGAUUUUCAUUCUGAACAACCACUCUGAUUUCCUGCACAAGGUAUUGGAACAACGGAAUUCCUUGCAGUGGCGGCUUCCACCGAUCGUAACUCUGACUGACAUUGAAGACAAGGGGCACGCUACGGCGUCGUGCAACAAGUACCAUGCUCAAGGCGGCACAGCGGAGUUUUUGCUUAAACCAGCUGGUCCAUCCAGGCUUGAAAUUGUGCUGCGUCAAUGUAUCAAUGCUCUAGAGGCGCUUCCCGGUGCAUCCGAACCUCAUUUUUCCGGGGACGGGUCCCAUUUCCAGGUCCCUGCAGCUAUAGCCUCGAUUACCACCUCACCGGUAGUCAAGACGCCAGUUUCAUCCAGAGAGGCGAUGGUGGCCAAGUUGAAGAAAUUACAGAUCGUUGAAGAAGAGGCUCCUAUCCUGCCACCAACGAUGGUCCAGCUGACUCCCAUUUCUGCCUCUGACCCCCAUGUGGUGCAGGAGCUACGCAGCUUGGAUCCUAUCCCCAAUUCGCCUGCCACAUGUCUCGGCACCACCACCACCACCACUCACGACAAUCAUGGCAAUGGCGUAUUCCGCGUUCUUUUUGUUGAUGACAACAUGGUAAAUCGUCAAGUACUUCGUGCAUAUUUGAAGAAGCUACAAAUUUCCUACGUGGAAGCUGUUGAUGGAUGUGAAGCUAUUGCCUUUUACGGUGCAUACCCACCUGACUACUUUGACUUAAUCCUUAUGGACUAUACCAUGCCGAACAUUGAUGGCAUGGUUGCCACCAGAACCAUUCGCAAGAUGGAAGAACGCCGUAUUCUCAUGGACGCUUCCUGCCCACGCACUGCCAUCUAUAUGUUGUCUGGCACAUCUACGGAUGACAUCAUGCGGAUGAAUCUAGCCGCGGGGGCUGAUGGCUAUCUCGUCAAGCCUCUCAGCUUCAAAGUCCUCGUCCCAUUGGUAGACUCCCUACGCACGUCCACGUAG